UCUUAUCACCUGUCUUGGUCAAGUAGAAAGCAUAUGAUUCUAAAGUCAGCAAGACCUGUGUUCAAUGCACAGCUCAGCCACUUAUGGUCCUUAUGCAAAUGCUUGGGCAAGUCGGGACAAUCUUUGACCAUCACUUCACUUAGGAGCAUCACCUAGUUAUCUGGAGCAACUAUGUUUGCCUCGUGGCGGAUGCUGGGAGGAUCGGAGAAAAUCAUAGAUUUAUACACAGCACACGUCCAUCGAUAAAUAGCUGCUGGCUGCAAAGAAGACCCACACCUCACAAAUUGAAGUGAUCCCCUGCAAAAUCUGUGGGGACAAGUCGUCUGGGAUCCACUACGGGGUUAUCACCUGUGAGGGGUGCAAGGGUUUCUUCCGCCGGAGCCAGCAGUGUAACGUGGCCUACUCCUGCACCCGUCAGCAGAACUGCCCCAUCGACCGCACUAGCCGAAACCGAUGCCAGCACUGCCGCCUACAGAAAUGCCUGGCCCUGGGCAUGUCCCGAGAUGGUGAGGCCAUGGGGGCAGCCCUCUGGGGCUUCCCUGGAGUCUCCAGAGGGGCAGCCUGAGCUGCUGUGCCAGACAGGGUUAGCCUGUAAAAGUGCCUUUCUGGAGCUCUGCUCUCCAUCCUUCCCGCGGGCGGGCCCCUGUCCCUUCCACUCUCAUCAGAGGUCUUCGACGUCCCCAACUUCGGACGCUGCUAGAACAACCCUCCUUUUCCCAAGGUCCCAGACGCUUCAUUUUCUCCUUCCUCAUCCAACUCCCCGCUGCCACCCCUUCCCCUCCUGCCUCAUCCUCCCGUUCCAGCUCCAUCCGCCUUCCUAUCGCCCGCCCCCAGCCUGGACACAGGACUGUGGCUGAGGAUGGGACCAGAGGCCGCCUGAGAACAGCCCAGAAGAAGGCAUGAGGGGAGGGAGGACGGCUGUUCCUAGAGCCUUUCUCUACCUUCAGCCACUAGCCCCUCGCAGCCCCCGAGCUGCCCCCCACCCCCAACACCACAGAAGGAGCCCAGGGCGGGGCUGGGGGGAGGCACGAGGUGAUGAGGAGCCAAAAGGAGCCUGUCAGCACUUUUCAGCGCCCAAAAUAACAAAGUGAAAGGAAACACGCAGGGUUGCAAAGGGGCAGGCGGGGCGAGGGGCUGUGCCCCCACACCUGGGAGGGGUGGUGGGGCGAGUGAAAAGGCAGGAAAGAGAGCAGAAGAGGAUGUUCAGAAGCAAGCCGCGGAGCCUGGGUUGGGCUGUGGUGAGUAUCUAGGUCACCAGGGAGCCGGCAGGCCUGACCACAGGGGGACCUGUGUUCUCGGCUCUCUUCUUCCUCCGACCCUCCUAGACAGGCGAAGUGACCCCGAUAUGGCUCAAGACCCCCUACUCAACCACCCCCAGCCCCCAUAUCAGGAGGCCAGGAUCCUCACUCCAACCCAUGGCUUGAAUCCAGCCACUAGUAGAAGCUGGUUUCAAGCAAGGAGAGUUUGCUCAGAGGCCUGAAAAGUCUGGGCUGGACAGAGCUCCGUAGGUAACAAGAGUGAGGUGGGAGGGGUCUUGAACCCAAGUCCCCUGAAAGGAAACUGUCAGGCAAGCCUGGAGAAGCUCUGCUUGGAGUCAGCUAUUCAGGGAGCAGCAAGCUAAUCCUAUAAUGCUUGAGAUGCCUGUUGACUCUGCCUUGUACCAUGUCCUCCUGCCUCAAAAUCUCCUGAUCCCUGGACCUCUUUCAGCUGUCAAGUUUGGCCGCAUGUCCAAGAAGCAAAGGGACAGCCUGCAUGCUGAGGUGCAGAAACAGCUGCAGCAGAGGCAACAGCAGCAACGGGAACAAGCGGCCAAGUCCCCUCCUGCAGGGGCCCAAGGAGCAGACCCCCUCGCCUGCCCCCUGGGGCUCCCAGAUGGGCAGCUGCCCCUGGGCUCCUCACCUGACCUGCCAGAGGCCUCGGCCUGUCCCCCCGGUCUCCUGAGAGCCCCAAGCUGCGGGCCCUCCUACUCCAACAGCUUGGUCAAGGCUGGGCUCAAUGGGGCUUCUUACCACCUGGAAUACAGCCCUGAGCGGGGCAAGGCUGAGGGCAGAGAGAACUUCUAUGGCACAGGCAGCCAGCUGGCCCCCGACAGGUGUGGACUCCGUUUUGAGGACCCCAGGCAUCCUGGGCUUGGGGAACCAGGACGGGGCCCUGACAGCUACUGCAGCCCCAGUUUCCGCAGUACCCCAGAGGCACCUUACGCCUCCCUGACAGAGAUUGAGCACCUGGUGCAGAAUGUUUGUAAGUCUUACCGAGACACGUGUCAGCUGCGGCUGGAGGACCUGCUUCGGCAGCGCUCCAACAUCUUCUCCCGAGAGGAGGUGGCCGGCUACCAGAGGAAGUCAAUGUGGGAGAUGUGGGAACGCUGUGCCCACCGCCUCACCGAGGCCAUUCAGUACGUGGUGGAGUUCGCUAAGAGGCUCUCGGGCUUUAUGGAGCUCUGCCAGAACGACCAGAUCGUGCUACUCAAAGCAGGAGCAAUGGAAGUGGUGCUGGUCAGGAUGUGCCGAGCCUACAACGCUGACAACCACACAGUCUUUUUUGAAGGCAAAUACGGUGGCAUGGAGCUGUUCCGAGCCUUGGGCUGCAGCGAGCUCAUCAGCUCCAUCUUUGACUUCUCCCGCUCCCUGAGUGCCUUGCGCUUUUCCGAGGACGAGAUUGCACUCUACACAGCCCUCGUCCUCAUCAAUGCCAACCGGCCAGGACUCCAAGAGAAAAGGAAAGUAGAACAGCUGCAGUACAAUCUGGAGCUGGCCUUUCAUCAUCAUCUCUGCAAGACCCAUCGCCAAGGCAUCCUGGCCAAGCUGCCACCCAAGGGGAAGCUUCGGAGCCUGUGCAGUCAGCACGUGGAAAAGCUGCAAACCUUCCAGCACCUCCACCCCAUCGUGGUCCAAGUUGCUUUCCCUCCACUCUAUAAGGAACUCUUCAGCACUGAAAUCGAGUCAUCUGAUGGGCUGUCCGAGUGACCUGGAAACAGGAGUCUGUUCCCUUCCCUAGAGCCUGCUGGCUUACUUCCCCCUCGGCCUUUUCCUUUCCUGUACACCCUGGAAGGUGGUCUCUGCCUGUUUUUGGAGGGGGUGAGGGCGAGCAAAUGCAGAGACUGAUUUUCUGCCCACCGGGCUGCCAGGCAGCAGGCCAAGAGCCAGAGGGUGGGGAUAGAGGCACGCUGUCUCCAGCCUCGGCUUUGUCCUGUCUCGUGUCCCAUACCCUGUCACCCCCAGCUUCUGGGAGGCCUGGGGUGGGAUACAAGGACCUCUAGGAGGACCUAGGUGUCCUCAGGACAGCAGGAGGAUCCAGGACACACGGGACAAAUGGAACUCAACUCUGGGCUCAGAAGCUAAGAAUAGGCCUUUGAAAUACCUCAUUGCAUUUCCCUGGGGGCUUUGGCUGGGGAGCUGCAUCAAGCUCAGGGGCUGGCGGCUGGAGCCCAGAAGGAACUGUAUAUAACAUAAAUCUGGAUCUCUA